AUGUCUAAUCUGAAGAAUGGUCGGAAACGCCUCGCUGUGUGAGGGUGAUGGUUAAUGAGAGGAAUCCUCAGUUUUGCCAUGUGCUAGAUGGCACUCGCGGUGAAGCUACCCAAAUAAGUGAGUAAUAACUCAAGUAAUUUGUACUUUGGAAGAAUUAGGCCUAAAUGCACACACACUUAGUGAGGCGACUUAAGUAGUAGGCACUCGAGAUGGCCCAUCAGCAAGUCAUAACACAUUUAAUAACAACAAAGACCUCAGCUAGCUUCUCUUUUGUGCUAUACGAUUAUAGGGCAAGGGAUAGGGGUACAAAUACUAUACAUACCGUACUUAUGUUAUAUUUAUGUGGUUCUGAGCAAUUAAAAUAAUAAAAAAACAUUCGACAGCCUCAGUCUGGUAAAACCCCCAGCAUGAAAUAAGAAAAGUCCAGCUAGCCGCGGUGAUAUGUAAUCAAUUUAAUUUCAUCUAGAAUUUGACAUUGCUUUAUGUUUUAGGACUAAAAGGCAGAAUGCGCCUCCAAAUUUUUAUUGAGUUGGUGAAACAAACAAAAAAUUACACCCUUUUAAAAUAAUAAAUGGUUUGGGGCAAGAAAUUUGAAUCCAGACAAAGGCAUCGUCAAGAGUCCCAAAAAACCUUUUCCGAGAGAAAAAUAGGAUUACUCUCAAGAUUAUCCGACAAAUCCCAGACAAGCGUUCGCUUUAAGGUACCAUAACUUUAAAAACGAGAUAUCUACAGCUGGCCGAAUGCUACUGCCUUCUUGUGAUAUUAGAUGCUGUUCAUGAUAACAUCACUUUGUUAUAUAUUCGUGAGAGGUUAAAGACAAAGAUUGUCGGCUUAUAUCCAUUUUUUCCCCGUUGUUAUCAGCUCUAAAAUGAAACGUUUACGAAAGUUUAAAAUUUAAGUAAUGCAUUGCCUAAGGGCAGUCUUUACACGACAAAGGAGACAUCACGAAAUGUUGUUUUUAAUUGUCUUUUCCUUUUCUUUCGAUUUUUGCAAGUAUCGCUAUAACAACUAUAGCCAAAUCGAUAAACCCUUGUGUUCUCGAAAACACUGUGUUAAAUAAUUAAGCUAGAUCAUUCAUAAAAUGUCACUCUGAUGACGACCCCUUAGUGUGACGCGAGUUAAAGUGCCGCCACUUGCUCUACAUGGACUGAAUGAAACUCGACCUGUUGGAGCCAGCUCUCUUUGCCCCCAAACUAAUUCUCCAAGUUAAAAAGUAAGAAAAUUUCGCUGAAGGCUUUCUGGGCUUUAAUUUUAACAUGCAUCUUUUAAUUUAGUCAACAAGGUCUUAUUCCCGCCUUUGCCGAUAGCGGCAGUCGCCGAGUUUGGCGCCAUACAGACGAGAUUUGCGCGCGAAAAUUGCAUGGCAAGUGUCAUUCUGGCUUGAGAGGCGACGGCGGGCGGCUUUACCGGGAGAACAAACAAUAAGCAGAAAGCGAACAGUUCCCCUUUCAAUCCUCACAACUCCUCAGGUCAAAUUGAGAAAGGAGAAAACAAAGAGAGAAAACAUACGACGCAGCAUAUUCGUCAUAUCCCUAAACAGGAGAAACACUUUUUUUCUAUCAAAUAUUGUACAAAAAAAAUAUGAGUUGCUAUCAAUGUGAAACUUUAACAAAUCAUCGAAAAAAUAUAAUAAAAAUAACAUUAAGCAGAUAAUAAGGACAUUCAGCGGAACACUGAAGAGGCUCAAGCAGUCUUCCAAGCACCAUAAAAAGUUAUUUUAGUACUAUUGCUCGUUUCUUUAAAUACAAGAAGGAGAACACAUGGUUUUAGCAACGACAGCACCUCACUUCACUCACCCAAAAAAGGUUUAAUAGGGGAGAAUUUGUCAGAGAAUUUGUCCAGUUUUGUCAGAAUUGCGUGCAAAAGCUAUUAAAAAACAUUUCCACGUUUAUAACAUUAACAAUUUAGCAUUACAAGCUCGCGCACUAGGCGCCUAGGUGACUAAUAGUCGACCCUUAAAAUGGCCUGAUUACAACCUAUUAGCGAAUUCAGCAGUGACGGCGAGGACGAACUGAAAGGUUGUGAAUAAGAAAAUUAAAAAUAAAAACAAGAUCCGCCAUUUAAAUUUGGGUAAAAGCCUGUGUUCGUGCGGUGCCUGGAUUCUUGGGCCAACAAUUGUUUUCUAAUCUCAAAGCGAUAUUAAGAAAAUUUUAACACUCGUCAAAAAGGCUCCUAAAUAUUUCCGCGUUUGAAGCAAUUAAUUAAUGGCAACAGUUUGGCUAAGACUGGCGUGGACUGGUGCGGUCGACAUAGAGAGUAGACUGACCAAUCAGAAGGCUGCAUGUAUAAUAGCUUGAUGUUGACGGUGCCAGGCAGGGUCAGCGUGUCCCCCCAUGAUGGCAUCAACUGCGCGCACUAGGCCGGAUGGCAAGUUUCACCACGGUUCACUCUACAGCUAACUGGCGGCGGGUGGUAUGGCUCUCACUAAAGCAGCGCUUUUUUUCGCCGUGAUGCUACUUGCAAAACUAACUCGUGGAAGGCGUAUUGAAUGUUUCUGUAAUGGUCCCCGAUGUUCGCUCGGGGUGUGCAAAUCACAACACGGCUGUUAUAUUAAGGCCCAUAUGGCGGCACAUGUGGCGAGCAGAACUGACGCGCAUGCGCAGAACAACAAUGUUACGUAUGGGUGUGUGGAGAACCUUAGGCCAUCUCACAUAUGCGUGACGGGAGCUAAGAGCAGGCGAACACCAAACGUGCAUUAUUACUGCUGUGAGGACGGAGAUCUGUGCAAUAUGCCACUUUACCUUAAAGAUAUCAUCACGAAUCAAGAAAAAAAUCGAAUAAAAAAACAUUAUGAAAAAAACAAGAAAGGAGCCAAGAUUUGCACCGAGCAUACGCCAGCGUUACGGCUUGCCAGCGUCAUCAUUCCAAGCAUUCUAAUAGGCGUUGUUGGCGCGAUCUCGAUUGCUCUCUCGUGUGAGUUGGUGCGUUAUCGAAAACUAUUUCCUCACGUCAGAAAGUUUCCAAACAUCAGAAAACCUUCUGUAACAAUAAAAAGAAACAAAGAUCACAAGACAGUGCAAGCUUCUACAAAUUCACUGGAUAGCCUCUCAUGUGAGACAACAGUGGAGGAACUAUUGGAGGACCAUGAGGCACUUCCCGCGAGUGACGUCAUACACAGUGCGAAUUACAUUUCCUCCAAGGACUGGUUAGCGCAUGUAUAGGAGGCUUGUGUCUCGCAGGGCGCUGUUCGGUGCGCCCCGCAUCUCGCACUAAACUGGCUCAUAAAAAUUCGCGCUUCUUGGGUGGCGCUCGUUUAAAGGCGUGCAUCUCGCGUGGUCCACGUUAAAAGGCUUUCGUCUCGCGAGGCCCACGUUUAACAAAUAAACCAUCCGAGAAAGCACGGUAUAACGAAUAUAACAUAAUUUAUUAAGCGGUUAUCUUGCGCGAAUCAUCAAGAGUAAGCCAAUGCGUAAGUAACGUUUGAAUCAGACAAAUACAUUGACACAUGGUUUACCUAAUGUGGCAGCCAUACAAGCAACAACGUUUUGAGCGCGGUCGACAUUUUGAUUCGCUAGACUCAAGGUAAAUGUAUUUCCUAAUAUGACGUUCGUACUUUGUUGUCUGAUCGACCGCUGAGUCAGCAUGCGCGUGGCGCUUGACGACAAAUGGCGUGACAUGUGAAGGUGAAAACCCAGGACGCAUUCAAAUGAAGGGAUCAGCAAUGGCGUGACACGGCCACCACGUGACACUUGACGACAAAUGGCGUGACAUAUGAAGGUGAAAACCCAGGACACAUACAAAUGAAGGGAUCAGCAAUGGCGUGACACGGCCACCACGUGACACUUGACGACAAAUGACGUGAAAUGAUAAUGUCAAAUCCCAGAACACAUACAAUGGAUCAUCAAUGUCGUGACACAGUUACCGCGUGACACUAAACGACAAAUGGCGUGACGCGGUUACCGCGUGACAUUUAACGACAAAUGGCGUGACACAGUCACCGCGACAAAUCGCAUAAAAACUAAAAUGACUGUCAACUGUUGUUUAUUUGACUGUAAAUAAAAUAAAUAAAUAAAUUAUUCUAUAGACGUA